CUUAGCCAAAGCUGCCUCCUUCCCUUCCCCUCCAGGACGGGCUGUUGAUUCCAGGCACACAUUCCGCACACCUGCUCUUGAUCCCCUGUGGCUUUCUCCGCCUCCCCUGGCGACCUGCCUGGCCCAGCCUUCCCCUCUCAAGGAGCUCACUCCGCAGCUCCACUCCAUGCCCAGGGAGAGACCCCUGGCAGCCGCCCCUUCCCUCCCGUCCCCUCCCUCCCCCUGCCAUCUCCUGGGAUUGCUUUAUCCUUCGCUCGCUGGAGGCCGCAGAGAGCUCCGCAGCAGGUGGGAGCACGAUGGCGGUCCUGGCCUUGCAGGUGGGAGGCCUGGUGCUGUCAGUCCUGGGCUUCCUGGGUACCAUCUUGGCCUGUGCCAUGCCCAUGUGGAAAGUGACGGCCUUCAUUGGCUCCAACAUCAUUGUAGCCCAGGUCUUCUGGGAAGGGCUGUGGAUGAACUGCGUCUACGAGAGCACCGGCCAGAUGCAGUGCAAGGUAUACGACUCCCUGCUGGACCUCCCCGCUGACCUUCAGGCGGCCCGCGCCCUGGUGGUAGUCUCCAUCGCCAUCUCCGCCCUGGCCCUGCUCGUGGCCAUCACCGGAGCCGAGUGCACCCGCUGCGUGGAGGACCCAGAGGCCAAGGGGAGAGUCUCGGCAGUGGCCGGUGGGGGGUUCAUCCUGGCCGGACUGGCUCUGCUCAUCCCCAUCUCCUGGUCCGCCAGCACCAUCGUCAGCAAUUUCUACAACCCCCUGGUGCCCGAGGCCUUGAAGCGAGAGCUGGGCAUCUCGCUCUAUGUGGGCUGGGCAGCCAGUGCCCUCCUGGUCUUCGGAGGGGCCAUGCUGUGCUGCCACUGCCCACAGAAGGGGAGCACCAAACCUUACCCGCGAGAUCAAACGCAGGAGAAGCUAAUUGAUGUGGAAGAGAAUGUCAGAGAAAUGUCGGAGGAUAUGGAAUCAUGGAAUUACAGAAUCACCGAAAUAGAGUUGGAAGGGGCCUCCUCCAGUCCAACCCCCCUGCUAUCCAGGAGCCACAGUGAAAUAUACUUGGAGGCGAGAGUGAAUUUCAUGCUCUUUAUUCGGCUGGUAGCAACAGAGGACACAGCUCAAUAAUCCCUGACAGGCCCCCCAUCCAACCUCUGCUUAAAAACCUUCAAUAAAGUAGAGCCUUUCUGAGGGAGUCAGUUCCAUGUUGCUGGACGCCCAACUUCCAUCAACCCAAGCUAGCAUGAAGCUAUGUAACAUUUCCAAAAGCAUACCGGUAAAUCUGUGCUUAUACACCUUUGUUCAGCUUCUGCAAACCCCACCCACAUUCGUCCUGUAAAAAGAGAGAGGGAGGUGCCCUCUCUGUGUAAACUUUGGUGUUUUAAAAUAAACAGUGACUCCUUAAAAAAGAGCACAAGGAAGUUGGUGCAGGUUGUAAACCAGGUGCAAAAUGCAAAUAAAAAUAAAACUUUAAUGGAGCAUCGAUGUUUCACCCGCAGGGCUGUGAGCUGUGGCAAUCUUGCCUUGAAGGCAAGAAUCCCAUUUGGCCGGGGAGACUCCCAAGCUGGGGCUUUUCUGCCCACAAGGAAGCUGUUGAAGCCAAGAGGUCCUGCGACUCCAUUA